CCCGCCUCCAGCCCCGCGAGGCCGCGAGGCCCGGGAGGCCCGUUCGUUGGCGCGCCCGCCCGAUGGGGCGAGCUCGGCGCGCGGCGGGGCCAUGGGUGCGGGCAAUGGCGCUUGCCGCGGCCAGCGUGCUGCCAGGACUGGAGCCUGCGAUCGCUGGCGCCAUCGCGCCAGUCCAGGCUACGCUUCCACUUGUCCUGGUGCCAAGGAGCCCCGAGCGCAUCAUGUUCCACAAUAGCUCGCACCUGAGAGGCUUGAGAAGCCCCAGGGUAUUGCAAGGCCCGCUGGGCAGAGGGGAGGAUUCCUGAGCCAAGGCGCAGCGCUGAGGAAAGAAACUGGGAAAAAGAAAGGAAGAGAGAGAGAGAGAGGACGAUAGAGAGAUAUGAUAUGAGAGAGAGGUUUGAG